AUGGUAACAGUAUUCCUUUACAGUGUUUCACAUUCGAAAUACAAUAUUGAAGACGAUUUCUACAUAGAAACUGCUAUCGAUGAAGAAAAAAAUGACGACCGUCAUUUAAGUCAAACAAAGAAAUCAUUAAAGAUAUUAAAUAAAAAUGUUAGUAAAUUUUAUGAAUACUUAUUUACACCAAAUACUACAGUACAUAUUAAAACAAUACUAACACCAUUAAAUAACUGUGAUAAGAUGACACAAACAAAUACAACAAAUAUUCUAGUUUUUGUUAAAUCAACAGCUGAUGAAUUCGACUUACGCCAAUCAGUGCGUGCUACAUGGGCUAACUCUAGAUGCUUCACAAAAAAUGGUAUAAAAGCACAGAUUUACUUUACACUAGGCAGAGGGAAUUCAUCAAAUUGGAAUGAAUCCUUAAUACAACAUAGAAUUUUACUUGAAUCUAAGCAAUAUCAUGAUAUUCUACAGUUUGAUUUCAUUGAAAGUUACUAUAAUUUAACACGGAAAUUAAUUGGAACUAUUCAAUAUGCUGCAUUCCAUUGUUUUACAUCGAAAUUCAUUAUCCUAAUUGAUCAUGAUUUUAUUGUGAAUCCAGUGAAUUUAGCGAAAUUCCUGUUAAACAUCAGUGAUGCCCAAUAUCCAAGAUAUGUUGCUGGUCAUGUGAUUAGAAAUGCUAAACCAUUUCGUACAAAUACAAGCAAAUGGUCUAUCGCAAAAAAAGUCUAUCCUUUCGAUUUUUAUCCAGCUUAUCCGCUUGGUGGGACAAUUAUUUUUAGUCGUCCAGUUACUAUUGAAUUGAAUAAAAAACUAAUUCAUAUGAAGUUAUUUCCAUUCGAUGAUGUAUUACUCGGCAUAGUAUUAGCAAAAAUGAAAAUAUCAAUCUUUCCUAUUAAAAAUAUUUUAGUGUCAAAAUAUCCUUUGAAUUUUAGAAGACAAUUUCUCACAGCACAAACAAACGGUGUUCCAAGGUUAAUGGUGAAUACAUGGAAAUCUCUACGAUUUACUGAUAUGUGUAUACUAUGA